AUGAGCACCUACAACCCUCUCACACUCCAGCAGCUGGCACUGGAUGUGCUGCUGAGGAAAGAUGCCAUAAACUCCUCCGAUCUGGAUCACCUGCCCACGGUGCUUUUCCCACCACUCUUCCUAGAGGCUUUCAAUGGCAGACACACACAGAUAUUGAAGGCAAUGGUGGCAGCCUGGCCCUUUCCCUGCCUCCCUGUGGGGGCCCUGAUGAAAACCACUGAUGUGGAGGUCUUGCAAGCUGUGCUGGAGGGAAUAGAUAUACUGCAGACACAGAAUGCUAGUCCCAGUAGAAAGCUUCAAGUCCUGGACUUGAGAGAUGUGCACCAAGAUUUUUGGGAUGUAUGGGCUGGAAGAAAGGAUGAAGUCUGCUCAGCAAAGACUGGGAAUGAGAAGCAAGUUGCAAAGCACACUCCUAGAUAUGCACUGAGGCAGCGUUUGAAGUUCUCCAAACUCAACUAUCUCCAACACCUCUCCAUGAAUUGUGGCUACUUUUCCAGUGAGAACAAGAAACUGUUGUUCAGGGGCGGGGGCUGUGUCGCAAGUCUUGGCACACUUGUAGGGCCAGAUGUGUCUUUACCUAAGGUAGGCAGUAUGAAGUCUGCUUUUCGAAAUGUCAGGAGGUUGAGCAGGGCAGAAAACAAUCUGAACCCGUGGCACCUGCAAUGCAUCACCAUUCUUGAUCAAACGUGCCAGGGGUUUUUGUUAGCCUUUUGGAGCACACCUUCCAGAACCAGAGCUCCUGCAGAAUUGCACCUCUGUUCUCCUGGCAGAGCAUAA